AUGACACCAUUGGAAGGUCUGAAGCUUAACACGAUGUACACUGACGAUGUUCAAGGUUUCUGGUCAAGAGCAAAAGCUGAAAAGGAUGGUGAUUUGGAUUGCAGGGACAACUGCAACCCCUACAGCAUCCACGCGCCUUUCUUGACGUGCGUGCUUAGCAAGACGCGCAUCAGGGACAUUGCUCAGGACGAGCGACCACAGGUCCUGAGUGCAGCAAGGCUGGCCCAGUCGAUCGAUCCCGAGGGUCACGUUGGCAUCAAGUGCAAAUUCGAGUUCCAAGGGAAGGAAGUGAAGGGCCGGAUGCUUUUCAAGUAUGAGGGCGUGCAGGGUGCGGAUGGGCAGCUGUGGUUGUACAAGCUCACAGACCUGUUCAACACCAAGGUUUGCGAGCAGACGUUCGCAAUGAUUGAGAUGUUUGGCAACAUGAUGCGCACUAUGGAGACCGGGAGGGCGGAGUUUUAUUUCCAGGAAAUGCUUACGGAGCACAACAACAUGGUAACGGCUCGCUUAGAGAGGCUGGGGUUAAUGCAGUCAGUUCCACCUGACCCAUGGGUCGAUCACUCGGUCGCUAUCAGGGCGAAGAAGUCCGUACCCCUGCCCACGUUCCAGGCGUUGGGCACAGUGAAGCGCUGGUGGCAGCGUCGUUAA